CGAGAGACGUCCGCCCCGCAAGCACGCGGAUACUGCGACGACACCAGACGCCGCGACGACAUGCCGCGGCCCACGCGCGACUCUUACGGCGACCAGAAACCGCCCUUCUCCUACAUCGCCCUCACCGCCAUGGCCAUCUGGAGCUCUCCGGAACGCAUGCUGCCGCUGUCGGAGAUCUACCGCUUCAUCACCGACCGUUUCCCGUACUACCGGCGCAACACGCAGCGCUGGCAGAACUCACUACGACACAACCUCUCCUUCAACGACUGCUUCGUGAAGGUGCCGCGGCGGCCCGACCGGCCCGGCAAGGGCGCCUACUGGACGCUGCACCCGCAGGCCUUCGACAUGUUUGAGAACGGCUCUCUGCUUCGCCGCCGCAAACGUUUCAAGCUACACAAGGGCGAGAAGGACAGCCUUAACGCCGAAUUGGCAGCUUUGGCGACCUUCAACAGGGCUUUUCUAGCGCGUCAGGCAAACGCCCCGCUGCCGUCGGCAAACUUAUCGAAUGGCAUGUACGGUCCUGCCGUUACAAUUUGUCCGAGGCCUAGUCCCGAGCCGAAUGAGGUACCGGACACGUCGGCGCUGCUGCCGGCGUGCCCGCGGCCACGUCGAGCCUUUACAAUAGACGCGCUGCUGGAGCCUGAGCCGAGCCGCAGCUCGCCGUCGCCGCCCGCGCCACCGCCGCCGCCGCGUUGCCCGCUAGCGCUGCCGCCAGCACCUUAUCUGCUGGCUGCGCAGCGCUACCAUGCCGAGCUGCUGGCGGGCCUACAGCAAUCUUGCCUGCCACCGCUCUGGACGUGGCGCGACACCAGCCAGUUCUCACAUUACACGCUUAAUUCAUGAAUGGUAGCAUCGUUUUUAAAAGAUCUCAGGAUUAGCUCUAGUUAUAAGGAACUCUAGAGGCAAUUAUUAUUACGCCUAAGUGUUAGAAAAUUAGUGAACAAAAAUUAGGAACAGAAGAGUUACAAAAUCGUCGAUUGUGUUAGAGUCAAAUAAAUAAAAUAAGGAUAUACACAAAAUUCGUUCAAAGACUGACACCCGAUCGACGAUAUCUCAACAAGUAACUCACCUUUAUUCAAA